UUGAAAUUACCAUCGAAAAGUACAUCGCAUGUAGGCGGUUUACACAUGUCAUCGAAGAAUGUGUACUUCCUCAAUGAAGCGACUUUUGUCAGUAUUUUUUCUGACGGUUUAUUUAUCCAGUGUGAUUCACAACGGCGAUAACAAUUAUCCCCCCAGUAUCUAGUCUACACUGCGUAUGUUCAGUGUUCAUUAAGCAAAUGCGUUAACGCAUCCUUGGGAAACGAAAUUAUGACAAGGCAAUUUAUACCGGUGUAUCAUCUUCCCGUAAUCCAAAUCUUUUCUCGUGUCUCACGAACGAUGUAUACAAAAAUUCACUCUCUGUCGACGUACAUUUUCAAGGUGAACUGCAAUCGACAUGCAUCUUCCGUAGGCGUCAAACCAACCAAUUGCACCAGUGGUAAUCUGACACUGACAGAUUUGUGUCACCAGCGUGGAGAAAAAAAUAUUAAAUAAAAAUUGCGUAAAUUCACGUGGUGAUAUGUGAUUGUGCAAAAUUAACACCGGUAGAUAAUGUUGAUGUCUGGGAAUCGACACUUCGUUGAUCAAGUAGGAAUCUCUUAGUGAUUAUUUACUCUGGGGUGGAUGUUAAAUAACAAAUGAUGUUCAUUUGAAAUAUAUUGAUGAUCGUCUGUGGAUCCGGAAUUUUAGCACAAGCAAUGACGAAGAAAUUCAUAUGGAGAUGGCAAAUGUGCAGAGAUAUUCAAGCAUUGACCCUAGGAUACUUGAGUUCCAGCAGUGAAUGUACAUUUGAGUGGAUCUGGCAGCAUUCCACGCUACCUUGAGUCACGAAGCUAUAAACUUUUAUGUUCUUUUCCUUGACUUGCACGUGCAAGUUCAUGUCUCCCAUGAUGAGCCGUUAUAUUGGCCGUCUGGUCCCUAAGUAGGUUGUUCACAAGGGCCCACAACAAAUUUUCGAUUUUGUUCGAAGGGCUCUUGGAUGCCCCCCCAAUUGGAUGACAGGCUGAUGACAAAAAUUACUGGGGAUUACGGAGGCUAUUACAUGAUUACAACGUCAUCAAUUGCACUCGUGGACUGGGAGUAUCGAUUAACUAAUGAACAACUGACGAAAAGUGAUGACACCAUGAACAAUUGUUUAUAGGAAUUGUGCUAAUUAUAUUUUCCCAGCAUAAUCCUCCACGUGAGUUUGCCCUAAUAAGGUGAGUCGCUCUCAGCGCGAAAAAACCUCGAGAAAUUGAUAUUGGAGGGGGAAGUUGAGACACGCGGGGGACCUCUUUGACGCCCCUGUGUUGUUUCCCCACACUCCAGUAAGCCGUCGGACGUGUGUUGGGACGCAUUCAAUUUUUCAAUGAAUUCAGUCUGACAGAAGUUGAAAACAGUCCAAUUGUCCAGAAGAAUAAAAUCACGCAGGACACCGAGAGUCAAGAUGUCCCAUCAGCAGGCAGCAAUUCGUCGAUUGGAGGCCUUGUUCAGGGACGUUAAGCUUCAAGAUGACACUUGCGAGGUGAGAAUUGACCGAAAAAUCGAUCGCUGCUGCCAUAUACAUGGUAAACACUUCAAGGAGAAUUGCACAAAUCGCCGGAGCUCGGUGAAUACGACGUCCCCAGGAAGAGACAAUUUAAAUUUUCUCGGAAGACGCAGUUCACUUGGUGUAACAUCCACCAUGAAAAAGGAAAUUCAUCCCUCAUUAUUUCCAAGUACUCUCCGAAGAGAUCCGUUGACAGCCUCCAUGGGCACCAUAAAUCAUGCACGAAAGGAUUCCCAUAGUCCUUUGAAGAAAAAUCCAAUGGGUAGUUCUAUGGGUUGCCUCAAGAAAGAUAACUUUGGCAGCUUUAGUUCAUCCCUUCGACGAGAUUACGUCGCCAAAUCGAUGACAAGUUUGCAACGUCCACCAAUGCAAAAGGACUCAGUAGACGGUGGAAAUCGUUGUCUCGAUAACUCGGUGAGCCAGAAAAUCCAUGGAAAUCAGGAUUUACUGGGGAGUGUAUCAACUGGAAAUUUGAAGAGUUGUAUAUCCGGUGCCAAUAGAAAUGCGCGGGGAAAUCUCAGUGUUAAAUUGAGCAGUGAUGCCCUUCACCGAUCUGAUGAUAAUUUUAAGAAGAAUCAGAGUGGGAGUUUGUAUGGACAAGGGUCCAGUGAUAGGAGGAGAUAUUCGACAGAUUCUCUUGAUGGAUUUAAAAGACACUCUUGGGACACUGGACGCAGGGGAUCCUCUGGGUCAUCUGGGGGAUGGGAUGAUCCCAUUUGGGAGGAAAGUGACAAGCCCGAGCCGAAGCCAGAUGUAGAUGUAACUAAUGGCAGCAGCGGAAGUAAUGGAAGACCUCGAUUCGUUCCUGUAACAGCACUAGAGGAUGUUCAAGCAGUCAGGUGUGCAGAAUUUCAUCCACAUGGAAAAUUAUAUGCCGUUGGAUCGAAUUCAAAAACACUCAGAAUAUGUGCUUACCCGAAACUCCACGAUGUUCGGGAGGAUCAUGAGACCUAUCAGCCGACAGUUCUAUUCAAGAGGACGAAGCACCACAAAGGAUCGAUUUACUGUCUUGCUUGGACACCGGAUGGUCAACUGAUGGCCACCGGAAGUAAUGAUAAGACGGUUAAACUCAUGCGUUUCAAUGCAGACACCUCCAAUCUCGAAGGUCAAGAGGUGGAGUUGACGAUGCACGAUGGUACAGUACGUGAUCUAUGCUUCCUAGAGGACACAUCGAAUAAAUCGAGUUUACUCAUAAGUGGUGGAGCUGGGGAUUGUAAGAUAUACGUGACAGAUUGUGCAACUGGAACACCUUUUCAAGCACUCAGUGGACACAGUGGUCACGUAUUGACACUUUACAAUUGGGGUGGAGCUAUGUUUGUAUCUGGAUCGCAGGAUAAAACAGUCAGGUUUUGGGAUCUUCGUACCCGGGGCUGCGUCAAUAUGGUUACACCCGCGACGGUGCCUGGCAGUAGAGUGGGGAGCCCGGUGGCAGCAAUUUGUGUUGAUCCAUCCGGCAGACUUCUUGUUUCUGGCCACGAAGACAGCAGUUGUGUUUUAUUCGAUAUUCGCGGUGGUAGGACUGUUCAAUGUUUUAAACCUCAUGCCGCUGACAUCAGGAGCAUUCGAUUUUCACCGUCUGCUUAUUAUUUGCUGACUGCAGGCUAUGAUAACAAACUCGUCCUCACCGAUCUUCAACGGGAUUUGACAAUGCCAUUGCCAAGUGUCGUCGUGGCGCAACAUCAGGAUAAAGUCAUCUCUGGGCGAUGGCAUCCCACAGAGUUCUCUUUCCUCAGUACGUCAGCAGACAAAACAGCAACGCUUUGGGCAUUACCUCCAGUUUAAAUUUGUUUUUAUAUGCAACAGAAUUAUCGAGUUCUGUUUAAUUGAUUUCGCACAAUCGACCAUGACCAACAAUUCUUUACUCUUAUUAUUAUGCUCUUUGAAUACUCUACGUCAUUUAAAAAUUGUUAUUAUUAACAAUGUCAAUUAUUAUUAAGAUGAAUCCAAACUUGGUCAUACUCUUUUCCUUCUUUAACAUUAUAACAAAAGACUGGGCUGUCGUAUGAGUAGCAGGAAGUAAAUUAUUGAUGUCAUUUAGAUAUCCACGGGUCCAUUUCUCCUCUACAAGAGUAUGUUUUUUUUUUAUCUGUUCUAGUUUUAUUGGCUUCGUUAUUGUCGCAGGAUAAGAUAUCCAGCUUGCGAUGUAAAUAAAUUUAAUGAGAUUAGACCCGUUUAUUAAACCUAGAAAUCUUCAUGUACAGUUAUAUUUUGUUCUUUAUCCUAGAGGAACGUAUACAUGAUUAUUCAUAUGUUCAAUCGGGAGAUUUGUUUAAUUUAUAUGAUCUAAUUCGACUAUCGAAUAAAUGUGUCACCCAA